UAUAAAACCCAUCCCCUGACCUAAUAUAUGUCCCCGGGCGAAGCAACACUUCUUUUCUUUUUGCAGGCCUUUCUUUUACAUGUACACGUUUUUUUAGAUCACUAUAUAAACGGUGUGUUACUUUCUAGGAGACAAAGUACAUACCUAACGUUGGCAAACUUCUUAAAAUCAUGACAUAUAUUUCAAUUGGAGUUUUUCUGUUUGUAUUGCUUUCUGGAUCUAAUGCUUCGCACGAGCAUGAAAAUGGCAUGUGUCUUUCUCAGUACUUGAGUUUAUUUCACGUGAUCUCAGAUGAACGAACGCAAAGGCUUCUACACAAUGCUGAAGCGGAAAGAAAGUUCAGAGAGCUGAAAGAUCAGAACAAAAUUCUUGAAGAAAAAUUGAAUAACAUAACACAUGAGGGUACAUCAAGAAAGAUGGACGAUUCCGUCAUUGUGACAAAGUUUAGACAACUAGAAAAUAAGUUCAAACGUCUUGAAGAAAAACUUAGCACUGGAACAUCCAAACCGAUACCAGAUAACAGACAGGUCGCUUUCUCAGGUACACUCAGCCAACCAAUGCUGAACUCAGAAUUUGGACAGAUCGUAAAAUUUAAUGCUGUGACGACAAACAUUGGAAACGCUUAUGACGUAGCAACAGGAAUUUUCCAGUGUCCAGUUUCUGGGUUAUAUCUGAUUUCAACCACCGUGCUCGGGGACAAGAGCAGUUUUGUGAUUCUCGAAACUCGACAAAAUGGUAAACUAAUCGCAAGGUCGCACUCGGGAAUUGGCGGAUAUGGCCACAAAUCUGGGACAGAUACAAGUGUCAUCCAUGCAAACAAAGGCGACAAAAUUUCUUCCAAAGUCGCAUUUGGCCAUGCUGAUCAUCUUGACCAUUUUUCUAGGUUUACAGCAGUACUUUUAAAAACUGACUAAACGCUAACAAUAUGUAUGAAUUGUAACUAUCACGUUAUAAAUAUAAUUUUAUUGUUGACAAGUUCUAAAAAAAAAGAAGAUCAAGACAAACGAGCUUUUCUAA